GUAAGUUUGUUGUGAGAGGAAGUAACCUAAAAAGUUGUGUUGCGUUAAAUACUAUGAUACCAGCCGAACGGGAAAAGGCCAGUAUGAAAGAGAGAUAGGGCGUGCUGUACUGCGAGAAAACACAAGCGGUUAGCGCGAAACGAAACAGAAAGCGGCUGAAACGUUGAGCAGCGUUUCUCCAUCAUUUUCAGAUGCUGUUUUGAGAGUCGAGGCUGACAGCGAGCAGUCAUGAACGACAAUUUCGACCGAGCUCCCGGAGCGGGGAGGACCCGUAAUCUUCCAGCUGACCCUGGGUUCGUUGGUGGCACCGGGGAUGCUGACUCCAAAACGACGCUUUUCAACCAAAGGGAGCCGCUGAGGCAGCCGCGGACAUCCCCGCCUUUCGCCGAGAACAACGUUAGCUCGACCACCGACAUGGUGGCUGGAGAUUUUAGAAGACAAAGCAAACCCCAACAAAGUACAAAUGCCAACAAUACAUCUGCCUUCAGAGGGUUUAACGAUGUGGAUUCCUUGGUAAAGUCAUCAAAGCUUUCAGCGAGUGCUCCAGAGUUUGUCCCCGGUGGAAUUAAUCCGUAUGAAGAUCCCACCUGUUAUGAUGACGGUGAAAGGUAUUACGGUGAAGCAACAUUAGCUGAUAUGGUGACAGACUUCCUUGGACACCUGAGCUCCUCACCAGGCUCCUUUGAGUCGGAUGUUGAUUACAUAACUGCAGUUCUCAAUGACUGGGUUACUACUGAAGAGCUGCUGAAGGAGCUGGUGGAACUGAUCUAUACACAGUCGACUGCCAUCCCAAACUUCUCUUAUACUGGUGCCAGGCUUUGUAACUACCUGUCGCAUCACCUCACCAUCAGCCCACCAAAUGGCAACUUUCGUCAGCUGCUUCUGCAGAGAUGUCGGAAAGAGUAUGAACAAAGGGAUGUAGCCGUUGGAGGAGAUACAGACACUCAAAAGAAAUUCCACUCCUUUGUGCUGUUUUUAGGAGAGCUCUAUCUUCAUCUGGAGAUAAAAAGUGGAAAAGGGCCUCCAAAACGAGCAGAUAUCCUCCUCACUGGUCUGAAAGACCUGAUGAACAGUCUUUUCUCUAACCCUGUGGAUGCAAAUCUCAUCUGCGCUGUCAAACUUCUCAAGUUGACGGGGUCUGUCCUGGAUGAUGCAUGGAAAGAAAGUGGAAAACCACACAUGGAAGAGCUGAUCCAAAGAAUAGAAACUAUUCUACUGGAUGCUACCUGCAGCAGAGAUGUGAGGCAGAUGCUGCUGAAACUAGUGGAGCUGAGAUCCAGUGACUGGGGCAGAGUUCGUGCUGCUGCAGCUGCCAGUAACGCCACUCCAGAAAAUGACCCCAACUACUUCAUGAAUGAACCUACAUUCUACACAGAAGACGGCACUCCUUUUACAGCAGCAGACCCAGAAUAUGCUGAAAAAUACCAAGAAAUCCUGGACAGGCAGGAUUAUUUCCAUGAUAUUUACGGAGAAAAUGGAAAUGAAGUAUACGACUUUGAAGAUGAGAUGGAGCCCGAGAUAGAAGAAGCAUUUGAGAGUUUUUGUUUGGAAUCAGAAAGGAAACGACAACAAUGACGUGAGAGUCAAAAUCUGUGGCCCUCAUCAGACACAUACUGUGCUUUUCCCUCUCAGCUCACUGGAAUGUUGAAAAGCAAAGGAAACUAGCAACUUUUAAUUUACCGCAGACAAGCAUUUUAAUAAAAAGCUGUUCAUAGUUGCACUUCUGACACUUUUUUUCAGUCAGCGUUGAUUAGAAAAUGGGGACAAUCAAUGGGAUAACUGUUCGAAAUGUUGAGGUAUUCAAACCUUUUUCACAUGGAAGUUUUCUUUUUGUUGUUUUAAACUUCUUCCGAAACAUCUUUAUGCUUAAACUAAAUGCCAAGAAGGAAAUAGUGUGCUGUGGAUUUUGUAGAGUUAUUUUCUUAAAGGCAAAUACGUUCAAUUAAAUGUGUGCAUAAAUUGUCAGAUACUAAGGAAUGCCCCAUGCAGAACGUACAGGCCAGAAAAACAAAGAAACGUUCUCACAGAGGGAACAUCUUCAUGUAAAACACACUGUGGAUGUGUGAGUUCGUUCUUUUACUACAUACAUACAGUGCAUAUAGCUCCUUCAUCGCCUCUGAGAAUACAAUGCGUCUAAAUCUGGUUUAUUUCUUGAGUAUUUUUCAAAUAUGUACACAUCUUGCAGGUCAGGGUGACAAAACUCAACUGCAAAACCCAUUGUUAUCCUAAGACUAAGAGACUGUUUACCAGCAAUUCAUUAAUCCCAUAUAAAGGAAUGUUUUAUAGUUUGUAAAUAUUAUUUAUAGUAUUGUUUGCCUGCAAUAAAUUCUUUAUAAUGUGA